GGAGACGCCGCCGCUGCUGCUGCUGCUGAAGUUUCUAUGAUGGCGGCCAGUAAUUAUUAUGGAUUCACACAUGCAGCUGCCGCUGCCGCCGCCGGCCCGCAGUACAGCGCUCAGCCGCCUCCUGCCUAUUCCCACCCAACCACGGGCAGCUAUAAUGUCCAGCCUGCCCCUGGAGUGGCCCAUGCGGUGACGGCCUCGUACCCCACCGCCCAACCUGCUACCCCCGCGGUGACUGCCCCCUACCCCACCUAUCAACCCCAUCCCACCCCGAACUACUGCUACCGGCAGCCUGAAACAUCCCCGCAGCUGACGACCACCCCUCAAACCUACCAAGUGUUGACUGAACCGGAGAAUUAUAGCUACGGUCGACCACCGCCGGUCAGCAGCUACGAGAACAAGCAGUACUUUCAAACUAGCAUCGCACCUGCGCAGCGAACCGCAACCGAGGCCUACUUCCAGACAGGGCUGAAAAGUGGCUACAGCCCCACGAGCACAGCGUACAGUCAGCCGCCUGUUCAAAGACAGGUUGCAGCUUUGAAACCCCCUCCUGCUGCGAGCUCCGUGUCCUCUAGUUACACCAUCUACCCCACAUCAACCAGUGUACAGCAAACUCCAGCCCCAAUAUCCACUUACACCCCCAGUUCUUCCUUCAACUCUACAGCUGCUACGUCCUACUCUGCCGGUCUCAGUUAUUCCAGCUAUGAGUCUAGCGGUUACACAUCUACGCCGUCGUACUUCCAGCCGGCGCAGUUGGCACCCCCUCAGGCGCAGCCUCAACCUCCCCUCCAGCAGCCGCAACAGCCCCCACCACCGCAACAGACGCAACAACCUCCCAAACAGCUCGCCAACUCCUCCUGGAGCAACACCGGGAGCGGGACGGUCACCAGUUCCACCGUCAACACAUACAAGAAGCCCGUUUUCCACCAGAACAAAAUGCAGAAACCCAAAGGCCCGCCCAAACAGCCACAGCUGCACUAUUGCGAUAUCUGCAAGAUAAGCUGUGCCGGGCCGCAGACGUAUCGAGAACAUCUGGAAGGACAGAAGCACAAGAAGAAAGAGGCGGCUCAGAAGAGCGGCAGUCAGGUGACCAACGGACCCCGUGGUGUCCAGACGCAGCUGCGCUGUGAAUUGUGUGACGUCUCAUGCACCGGCGCCGAUGCAUACGCCGCGCACAUCCGGGGAUCCAAGCACCAGAAGGUGGUGAAGUUGCACACCAAACUUGGCAAACCCAUCCCUUCCACAGAGCCGGUUUUAGUGAGCUCUGCCUCUGUUGCUGUGACUACUAGCAAGACAGCGGUGACAACCGCUCCCACCCCUACAUCAGUGGCACAGAAGUCUCCAGCAGUGGCGCCUUCGAAACCUGCGGUGUCUCCUGCGAAAAAACCUGCCACUGCUAAAGUUGCCAUUCUUGGCAGCAGAACAUCCACACCAGCUCCGGUAAAGAUGGAGGAGGCGAAGCCGACUGUGGUGAAGACAGACGCUUUGAGUGACGAUGAGGAUGGUGACUGUGCUGGAGCUCAAGGAGACAUUCAGCCUGUGGGACACGAUUAUGUGGAAGAGGUUCGAAAUGAUGACGGAAAGGUGAUUCGCUUUCACUGUAAACUGUGUGAAUGCAGUUUCAAUGAUCCCAAUGCUAAAGACAUGCACCUGAAGGGACGGAGACACCGGCUGCAGUACAAGAAAAAAGUCAAUCCAGACCUUCCUGUGGAAAUCAAACCCAGUAAUCGAGCACGGAAACUUCUGGAGGUCAAACUGCGAAAACAGAAGCAGAAAUCUGUGCUGAAGAGACAACAAGAAGACGAACAGCGCUGGCACAUGGAAAUGAGCAGGCGGUACGAGGAAGAUAUGUACUGGAGGAGGAUGGAGGAGGAGCAAUUAUACUGGGUGGAGAUGAGACACAGAAUGGCUCCGCCUCCUCUCAUGGGCCGGCCCAGCAUGCCGGUCCCGCCCCUUUUGCCCGUGCGAAGGCCAGAUUCGCCCGACGACCGCCACAUCAUGGCCAAACACUCGGCCAUCUACCCCGUGGAGGAGGAGCUUCAGGCCGUCCAGCGAAUCGUGUCGCAUUCUGAGCGCGCGCUCAAACUGGUGUCUGAUUCGCUGCUGGAGAAGGAGGCGUGUGCUGUGGACGACGACAGCGACGUGACGGACAAACAGCCGGAGUCUCAGGCUCGAAUUCUCAAAGGAGUCAUGCGCGUGGGAAUCCUGGCUAAAGGUCUCCUCCUGCGCGGCGAUCGCAACGUCCAGCUUAUCCUUUUAGCGGCCAAGAAACCCACAGCCUCUCUAUUGAGAACCGUUGCGGAGCAACUGCCCAAACAACUAGCGACCUUUUCUGAAGAUCAGUAUGAGGUGCAGGUACACCCUGAGGAAGCCAACAUCGUCAUUUUUUCAAGCAAGGAACCAAAAAUGCAGGUCACCAUCUCUCUUACCUCGCCAGUGAUGCGCGAAGACCCCGUCCCCAACAUGGAGAAAGCGUCAGAGAAAGAACCUCCGGAUGUUCUCAGCAGGACCAAGUGCCUUGAGUAUUUAGCAGCUCUGCGACAUGCUAAAUGGUUUCAGGCUCGGGCGAAUGGUCUUCAGUCUUGCGUCAUCAUUAUUCGGGUUCUGCGGGAUCUCUGUCAGCGCGUACCUACUUGGGGCAGGAUGCCCGACUGGGCCAUGGAGCUGCUUGUGGAAAAAGCCAUUAGCAGUGCAUCCGGUCCACUGAGUCCCGGAGAAGCUCUGCGGAGGGUCCUCGAAUGCAUCGCCACCGGGAUUCUCCUGCCUGAUGGUCCAGGUCUUCUCGACCCGUGUGAGAAAGGUCAAACGGACGCUCUGGGAAGCAUGUCCAAACAAGCUCGGGAAGACGUGACUGCUAGUGCCCAGCACGCACUACGACUGCUGGCUUUCCGCCAGAUCCAUAAGGUCCUCGGCAUGGGCUCGCUGCCGGUCUCUAAGGCCGCAGCCCGAAACCGCAAGAGACGACGCGACGGCAGCGACACCGGCGAGGGAGAAGCCGACGGAAAGAAGGAUAAAAAAGACGAUUCUCACGACCCUUGAGACGUCUGCGUAGUCUUCGCAAGCUCUUAUGUCUUUAGAAAUGUAUAAAUAUCACCCGAAGAGGAAAAAUACAACACUUGAUGGUUCCACUUUUCGAAAGGACAAGAGAUGGAAAAAACAUAGUCGUUCCCCUUUUAUGAUGCAAUACAUCUUUCUAUUACAUCUGAGCUGAAAAUAGGCCCAAAUGCUCCUGAAAUGCAAGUCGCAUCUUGUUUUCAGCGAUCAGAUGACGAGUGAACAUCGCUACCGAUCAGCGACCGAUAUAUAAUAAAAAGUUACUGAACGUUACAUUAGCUCUAUUAGGCACUUUGACAUAUUAAUGGCACUUAAUUAAAGCUUUAAACAUCCCGACACAGGCCAGUCUUUUUUAUGUUUACAUUAUAUAUAUAUAUAUAUAUUGUGGGGCCCAAAACUCUGAGUCUAAAUUGACAUUUUUCAGACGUUUUAACAUGCAAAUAUACAUGUUUUAUUAUUUUGAAGAAUAUAAAAUGAACAUUAUAACAUAAAAUUAAUAAGAAAUAUUUCUGUUUUUCAUUGCAAAUGAAAUUUUGUGACAAUGAAAAUGAAAUUAAUUUAGUGACAAUGAAAUCUGACUUUUGGUCUCAGACUUUUGGAUCCCACUGUAUAAAACACAAAAUAUUUAGAUAUAUUUAUAAACAUAAUGAAUUCUAUUCUAUAUAAUAUUAUUAUAACGUAUUAUAUAAUAAUAUUAUGUAUGAUGUUAAUGCAAAAUGAUUAGUUUCGUUACUGUGUAUCUUAAAUUAAGUUUUUAAUAUAAGUAGUUACUAGUAUUCACUAAUAAGCUGUUUAAAAGCGACACGAUUCAGCUUUGUGUGGUUCUUUAUUAACCCGACACUGGAUUUAUACACUGUAAAAAAAACAUUUGUUGAGUCAACUUAAAAUAAUGUUACAAUGCCUUAAAGGUUUAGUCAACUUGAAAUAAGUUGUACAAAGUGAAUAUUUGAGUUGACUAAACAAGCAGUUCAGUUUGUUAAACUUAAAAGCUGGUCUUGUUACCCAACUGCCUUAAAAAUUUAAGUUGAAUCAACUCAAACAUCUAAGUUGUCACUUAGUACAACUUAACAUUUCAAGUUGACUAAACUUUUUUUGUUGACUGAGCUUAAAAUUUUAAGGCAGCUGGGUAACAAUUUUAAGUUGACUCAGAUUAUUUUUUAGUGUAAAUGUUUAGUUCAGUCAACUCAAAUAAGUUUAGUCAACUUGAAAUGUUAAGUUGUAUGAAGUGAAAACUUAGAUAUGAGUUGACUAAGCAAACAAUUUGGUUUGUUAAACCUAAAAGCUGGGCUUGUUACCCAGCUGUCUUAAAUUAAGUUGAAUCAACUCAAACAUCUAAGUUGUCACUUAGUACAAUUUAACAAUUUAAGUUGACUAAACCUUUUUUUUUAAUGAGUUGACUGAACUUAAAAUUUUAAGACAGCUGGGUAACAAUUUUAAGUUGACUCAAAAAAUAAUUUUUUAGUGUAAAUGUUUAGUUCAGUCAACUCAAAUAAGUUUAGUCAACUUGAAAUGUUAAGUUGUACAAAGUGAAAACAGAUAUUCGAGUUGACUAAACAAUCAAUUUAGUUUGUUAAACUUAAAAGCUGGGCUUGUUACCCAGCUGUCUUAGAUGUUGAGUUCAUUCAACUUAAAAUUUUAAGUUGUCACUUAGUACAACUUAACAUUUCAAGUUGACUAAACUUUUUUGAGUUGACAAAACUUAAAAUUUUAAGACAGCUGGGUAACAAUUUUAAGUUGACUCAAAUUAUUUUUUAGUGUAAAUGAUUAGUUCAGUCAACUCAAAUAAGUUUAUUCAACUUGAAAUGUUAAGUUGUACGAAGUGAAAACUUAGAUAUUUGAGUUGACUAAACAAACAAUUUAGUUUAAACUUAAAAGCUGGGCUUGUUACCCAGUAGCCUUAAAAAUUUAAGUUGUAUCAACUCAAACAUCUAAGUUGUCACUUAGUACAACUUAACAUUUCAAGUUGACUAAACUUUUUUUUUUUUUUUGAGUUGACUGAACUUAAAAUUUUAAGGCAGCAAGGUAACACUUUUAAGUUGACUCAAAUUAUUUUUUAGUGUAAAUGUUUAGUUCAGUCUACCCAAAUAAGUUUAGUCAACUUGAAAUGUUAAGUUGUACUAAGUGAAAAAAGAUAUUUGAGUUGACUGAACAAACAAUUUAGUUUGUUAAACUUAAAAGCUGGGCUUGUACCCAACGUUUUUUUUUUUUUGAGUUGACCGAACUUAAAAUUUUAAGGCAGCCGGGUAACAAUUUUAAGUUGACUCAACAAAUUGUUUUUUUUUACAGCGUAAAUGUUUAGGUAUCAAAUCUGUAACUGAUGGAAGAAAAAAAUAAAUACAUAAAUAGACUUCUCUGCUAUCAUUAUUUUUAUUUGCAUUCUGAAUAAUCGCUCAUUUCACGGUGAGAAGCUGGCGUUUCGACAGGGUAUCGAGCCGCGAAUACGCAACGUAAAAAGUCUGUGGUUCUUCACACGUGCCUGCGGUAAAGAUUUAAAGUACUUGAAAUGCGAACGAGGAGGUGAAUUUUCCGGUUCUUCAUAUUGCAAUAUAAUAUAAUGUAAUACCUCUCUAUUCUUACAUUUUUAUAUAAAAGAGUAAAAUCUAACCUAGCGAGAGAUGCGCAGUUUGCUAGAAAGAUCACUUGUUAGUACAUCGAAUUGAUUAUUCAUAUCGCUUGGGUUUGCGUUCCGCCACUUGUUUUUACGUAUAAUGCAAUCGUAUCCCACCGUUUUUUAAAUGUUCCUGCUGAGUGUUUGUUCUUGUUUCGUAGGACUGUGAAUAAUUAUAGUGUGAUCUUUCUUUCAGUUGGAAUAUCUGUGUAGUGCUGCUUAACUAAAUAAAUGGAGAAAACGAUCAGA